GGAAACUCUGCUGAACUUUCACUUGGUUUCACACUGAAGACGGACGUGUGUGCACACUGCUGGCAUGUUCACGGGGAUUUUAGCCACUGGAAUUUUGGAAAGGUAAUCAAAACAUUAACAGGAUGCUGAGAAGAUUAGAAUAAUAACAGCCUUCCUCUAGAAGAUGAUACAGGCUAUCAAUUGAACGGCAUAUUUCUCGAGACACCUCGGAUCCAUUAAUCUUGUUCACCCGGAGAGCGCAACAUGAGGACCUUCCUGGGACUGUUAAUGGUGCUAAUUGUCUCUGGUGAUGAAGUGACGCGUGAAGGCGUCUUAGGAGAGAGUGUCCUUCUGCCGUGCGACUGCUCAGAGAGAGAUUUGGACAAGGAGUUUAAGUGGCAGAUAAAUGAGGAGCUGGUGUUCAACGGAAACACCUUCGAAGACAAAUACAAGGGCAGGGCCAAAAUAUUUCUGUCUGAGAACAACAAUAACUGCUCUAUUCUCCUCACCAACAUCAUGGCGGAGGACCAGGGGAAAUACACAUGCAGAUUUGAUCACAGUGCAGGGCCAUACAACAAAGAAAUUAUAAAUCUAAACUUAUCUGCACGCUACAAUGUCUGUCAGAAAGCCGACAACCUGAGUAAGGUUUUCCAGUGUGAUGUAACAGGACGUCACGGAGAGGCUUGGAUUCAGUGGGAUUUGGAUGGACAGCUUCUUACAAAUUCAACAACAACUAGCAUAACCCACACGUACAACCUGGAUGCUCCUACUGGCCUCUACCAUUUCCACAGCACACUCAGCACUAAACUCAACGGGACCUCAGAACUUAGAUGUGAUGUCAAGGCCAAAGACAUAUCAACAAUCAUUAACUUUGCCUGCACAGGAAGCCAUGCAGAUCAUUUCAAGGGAGGUCCAGACAGAGACAGACACCGAUACUUAAUAAUCUUUCCCAUUAUGUUGGUGAUUGGACUUUCCCUGCUCUUGAAGUACUUCUCACGGAGUUUAACAAGGAAACGAGAGGAGGAGACCGACAGCUUCUGCUGAACACACGCCAAUGUGACAAUGUGACAAUGUGAAAGCACUUUCCACAGAACUAGUCAUGAAUGUGGUAUCAUGCCCAUGCAGAGACUGUUCACAGGCAGGUUACAUCCUGUGGUCACGCCACUAAAGGAAUGGGGUGUUUCUGAAAAGGAUGUCCAUCAUGUGAGCUUUUAUGGAUGUUUGCAGGGAGGAGUUUUCGUUCCUUCCUUCAAAUUCAAGGACUGUAAAGAAGAGAUUGCCCUCUACGAUGUGAAGAUGAAGUGAUACAUUUAGACAGUUACACAAAAAAUAUAGAAAUCAUCACAACAAAAAUAGAUUCCUGGAUUUGUGCACGGAACAAAACUGAGCCAUUUAAUGAUUUAAUGUACCUUGAUGGUUAGGUAUAUACAGUAUACUGUAAGUGUACUUCAAAUGUGAGAAAAGAAAGUUAUUAAUACAUGUGCAUUUACUGUAGAUAUUUUAGGUGACUUUGUCUGAUAUUGCAACACUUUGCAAAUAUUAUUGAAAAUAUGAAUUCUGGGUUGAUAUGUGACAAUUUUAUAAGUUGUUAUCAUUGACCUUGCAUUACCAUAAAGUCGAUGUUUAUAUAGCACAAUACCAGCACUAUGUAUUGUAAUUACACAUUUAAAUACAGUAAAAUCGUAAUGCCUGUAAAGCAGAUAUUUAUGGAAGGUGUAUGAAAUGUAUAUUCCUAAGGGUGACAAUCUACUGUGAUUUCCUUGUUAAGGUCUUUGUACAAGCCUCUCCUCUUGUUAUAUAAGGGUGUGUUAAAAUGUAGCCUGUAGCUCUGUACCUUCCUUUGUGAAAUACUGGUUACACUGAAUGUUGUUGCUUUACCAGAUUUAUUUCACUUUCUAUAAAUAAACAGGUUAAGGUCAUAUAAUGUAUGUAUGUAUGUAUAAUGUAUACAGUAUAUAGCCACGGUUUGGAGGGAACCCUGUGACAGUUUUGUGACAUUUAGGAGGAAUGACACCAAAAAGGUAAUGCCUGUGAAUGAUUCCUACCUGGAACCCAAACAGCAGUGACAUUCUUAUUUCCAGUCUGAAAAGAUGUUGUUGAACUCUGGGACUGGGAAACAUACUGCUGGCCCAGAUGGCCAGUCCACCACUGGUCCCAUAUUCUGGGUUUGCACACCAAAUCUGGAAGCAAACUGGGAGAGAGAGAAUUGCAAUAAUAUGUUAAUGUGUGGGCUUUUACAAGGUCAAGAAAGGGUUAGAAUGAAAAAAGAAGAAAGAAAAACCUUAAACCCACAUACCAAAUUUUAACCCUUCUGUCUUUUUGUACCAUUGUCUUUUCCUUAUGUUGUUUUGUAUCAUCAUUGUCACUUUCUUUCUGUAAAUUGAUGUGUGUUUAAUAGCAAGACGCUGUAAGCUUAGUUGCCACCCCAUAUUCUUGGCCAGGGUAUCAUUGUUAAUAAAUAAAUUUCCAGCA